AGACGGACUCGCAGGCGGGUGGCGGCGGCCGUGCUUGCUAGUGAGGGCGGGCGGGAGUGACUCACUGAGCGUGUGUGAGGGAGGGAGCGAGCGAGCGAGCGAGCAGCCCGCGCCGUCCUUCCGCAGCACCAGCCAGGCCACGCCGCCGCCUCUUCCCCUGCGCCCCGCGCCCAGGCUGGGCCGAGCCGGGUCGGGCCCGGGCCAUGCUGCUCACCGUGUACUGUGUGCGGAGGGACCUCUCCGAGGUGACCUUUUCCCUCCAGGUCGACGCCGACUUCGAGCUGCACAACUUCCGCGCGCUGUGCGAGCUCGAGUCUGGCAUCCCCGCAGCCGAGAGCCAGAUCGUCUAUGCUGAAAGACCUCUCACAGACAACCACAGAUCCUUGGCUUCUUAUGGCUUGAAAGAUGGGGAUGUUGUGAUUUUACGACAGAAGGAGAAUGCAGACCCUCGACCUCCAGUGCAGUUCCCAAACUUACCCCGAAUAGAUUUCAGUAGUAUAGCUGUGCCUGGCACAUCAAGUCCCCGGCAGCGCCAGCCACCGGGAACACAGCAGUCCCACUCAUCUCCUGGAGAAAUAACUUCAUCUCCUCAGGGCUUGGACAAUCCAGCCUUGCUCCGAGGUAUGUUGCUGGCCAACCCGCAUGAGCUGUCCUUGCUGAAGGAACGCAAUCCACCCCUGGCAGAAGCUCUGCUCAGUGGAGACCUUGAGAAAUUCUCUAGAGUCCUGGUGGAGCAGCAGCAGGACCGAGCCCGGAGAGAGCAAGAAAGGAUUCGUCUGUUUUCUGCUGAUCCUUUUGACCUUGAAGCUCAGGCAAAGAUAGAAGAAGAUAUAAGGCAACAGAACAUUGAGGAAAACAUGACAAUAGCUAUGGAAGAGGCUCCGGAAAGUUUUGGCCAAGUAGUGAUGCUUUAUAUUAACUGCAAAGUGAAUGGACAUCCUGUGAAAGCCUUUGUUGACUCAGGUGCCCAGAUGACUAUUAUGAGCCAAGCUUGUGCAGAAAGGUGUAAUAUAAUGAGACUGGUGGACCGUCGGUGGGCCGGGAUUGCCAAAGGAGUGGGCACCCAGAAGAUUAUUGGAAGGGUACAUCUAGCUCAGGUUCAGAUUGAAGGAGAUUUUUUGCCAUGUUCCUUCUCUAUACUUGAGGAACAGCCCAUGGACAUGCUUCUGGGACUGGACAUGCUUAAACGGCAUCAGUGUUCCAUUGACCUGAAGAAAAAUGUACUCGUGAUCGGCACCACAGGCUCCCAGACCACCUUUCUUCCUGAGGGAGAGCUACCAGAAUGCGCCCGGUUGGCAUAUGGGGCCGGAAGAGAGGAUGUACGGCCAGAGGAGAUUGCAGACCAAGAAUUAGCAGAAGCCCUUCAAAAAUCAGCAGAGGAUGCAGAACGUCAGAAGCCAUGAUGCAUGUAGUGUGUGUGUACUGCAGCUGGAGUGGGCCCCAGACCAGAGAAAAGCGGUAAAGAAUCUACCUCACUGGGAAUGUCAUCAUUACCAACUUCAGAUGGGUUUAACCAUCCAGCCCAUUCUUUAGGACAGAGUCCUGAUACUGGUAAACCUUUGAGUCUUGCUCGCUCUGUCUCUGCUUCAGUCUGCCCUAUCAAGCCCAGUGACCCAGAUAGCAUUGAACCUAAAGCUGUGAAGGCUUUGAAGGCUUCAGCUGAAUUCCAGAUAAACUCUAAAAAGAAAGAACAUCUUUCUUUACAAGAUCUUUCCGAUCAUGCUUCCUCAGCAGACCAUGCUCCAACAGACCAGAGUCCAGCUAUACCUAUGCAGAAUUCAUCCGAAGAAACAACUGUUGCAGGUAAUCUGGAGAAAUCUGCUGAAAGAAGCACCCAGGGCCUCAAAUUUCAUCUCCACACAAGACAGGAAGCUAGUUUAUCUGUCACAUCUACUAGGAUGCAUGAACCACAGAUGUUUCUAGGUGAAAAGGAUUGGCAUCCAGAAAAUCAUAACCUGAGUCAAGUGAGUGACCCCCAGCAGCACGAACAACCAGGGAAUGAACUUUAUGAGGUUACACAACAAAAAGCUUCACAUGACCGAGAAUAUCUUUGUAACAUAGGGGACCUUGAGCUUCCUGAAGAAAGGCAACAGAAUCAACACAAAAUUGUUGAUUUGGAAGCUACGAUGAAAGGAAAUGGGCUCCCACAGAAUGUGGAUCUUCCAAGUACAAAGAAAAGUAUUCCACCUUCAGGAUGCAGUGGCUGCUCAAAUUCAGAAACACUUAUGGAAAUAGAUAUAGCUGAACAGUCCCUAGUUACUGUGCUUAAUUCAACAGGCAGGCAGAAUGCCAAUGUCAAGAACAUUGGUGCAUUGGAUCUCACUUUAGAUAAUCCCUUGAUGGAAGUAGAAACAUCAAAAUGUAACCCUUCAUCUGAAAUUUUGAAUGAUUCCAUUUCCACUCAGGAUUUACAGCCCCCAGAAACUAAUGUUGAAAUAUCUGGAACAAAUAAAGAAUAUAGCCAUUGCUCCUCCUCUUCAAGUUUCUGUGGCAGUUGUCAGCCCUCUGUGGAGUCAGCAGAAGAAUCUUGUUCAUCUAUAACGGCCGCCUUGAAAGAACUUCAUGAACUUUUGGUUGUUAGCAGUAAACCAGCUUCAGAAAAUAGAUCUGAAGAAGUAAUCUGUCAAUCAGAAACCAUAGCUGAGGGCCAAACCAGUAUUAAAGACCUUUCUGAAAGAUGGACCCAAAACGAGCAUCUUACCAGGAAUGAACAGUGUCCACAAGUCUCCUUUCAUCAGGCCGUAUCUGUAUCAAUGAAGACAGAAAAAUUAACAGUUACUUCAUCUGACACUGGAAUAGAAGCUGUACAAAGUGGAAACUUCAGGAGUCUAGGUGAUGGUCUGUCAACUGAUGAGGAAGGUGUCCCCAAAUCGAGGGAAUCCAUAAACAAGAACAGUUCUGUCACUGUAACCUCAGCUAAAACAUCAAAUCAGUUACACUGCACCUUAGGUGUAGAAAUUUCACCCAAACUUUUAGCAGGUGAGGAGGAUGCACUCAAUCAGACUUCUGAGCAAACUAAGUCUUUGUCAUCCAAUUUCAUAUUGGUUAAAGACUUAGGUCAGGGCAUACAGAAUUCAGUAACAGACAGGCCUGAAACCACAGAAAAUGUCUGUCCUGAAGCUUCGAGGCUGUUACUUGAAUAUGAACCACCUACCAGCCAUCCAUCAUCAAGUCCUGCCAUUCUUCCACCAUUGAUUUUUCCUGCCGCAGAUAUUGACCGGAUUCUCCGUGCUGGCUUUACUUUGCAGGAAGCUCUUGGAGCUUUGCAUCGAGUUGGUGGGAAUGCAGACCUUGCACUUCUUGUUUUGCUCGCAAAAAACAUCGUAGUUCCUACAUGACUAUGGGAAAGUGGGCUAGACUGUUCUCCAUUCCCUUUAAACAAAAGAAAGCUCUCUCUCUAUACACACAUACACACUCACCACAUAUACAGUAUAUGUAGAAACCUGCAAGCAGAAUGUUGAGCCAGAUUUUUUUUAAAGAUUUUUUUCGGCCAAAGUAAUUUAUGAUCUCUUGUCUGAUGAAUUUGUCUAUCCUACUUGUUAAAAUUUAGGCCUUUUUAAAUGUAUUGGCAGUAUGUGCAUACAAAAGCUUUUUAUUCUCAUUAAGAUGUAUCCUGGAAUAAAAUGGAUGGUUUUGUGU